AUGGCACACUCUAUCGGCCUUGAUCCUCAGUGGAUUCGGAGAUUCAAGAUAGUUCAGUGGGGGCCGAACCAAUGGGUGGAAAAAGUACAAAACGUCUUCCAUCAUUUCCUUGAUAGUCACCAAGUCUCGCAGUCUAUCCAAAAUUCAGCCUCUCUUCUUAUCACCAUCAUUUUGAAACUUUCAUUGAGCCUUCUCACCGCUACCCUCGGCCUCGUAAGCGCUGCUGCUGUUGCUCAGGAUGUCGCUUCGGUUGCAGCUGAGAGAUGUCAAGAUGAUUGUGCAGCCCAAGCUCCAGAUGGGAUCGGAACUGUAGUUGCCUAUUGCCGCUGGCAGAUGGGAAUUCGACCUUGGGAUAGACCCAAGUGCAAUUCUUAA